UUGCCAAAAAGGACCUUUUAUAAGCAUAUUUUUGCGAGAAAGGACCUUUUAUGUCAAAAUUGGUGAAAUGGGACCUAAAAUACAACAUUUUUUGUUAAGUGGGACCUUUGCCCGGAUUCUUGGAGUCAACCCAAGUUUCUGGCGUUGACUUCGACACGUGGCAGCCGGAAACUGCCACGUGUCAAUAUCCUUAUUUAAAAAAUAAAAAAUAAAAAAAAAAUUUAUUUUUUUUCCCAAAAAUCAUCGUUUUACUGAAACAGUUUUACCCAAAAAAAAAAUCGAUUCUCGAUUCUCGAUUCUCUUCUCUCUCCUCUGCUCCUUCAACUCGACGCCAUUGUUGAAGAUUCAAGGUUGAAGGAAAGUGCUUCUUCACUCAAAUUGCUUGCCAAGAAUUGUUACUCAGGCCUCCACGAAUCAGAUUGACAAUGUCCCAUCAAAAAGCGAAAAUUUGGGGACUAAUUCAGUUUUACUUAGUGGUUGGUGUAGAAUGAAGAAUCUAAUGGAAGCUGGUGAAAUCUGGAACGAGAUGAUUGAUCAAGGUUUGAACCCAGAUGUUGUUACUCAUAACAUAAUGUUAGAUGGGUUGUUGAAGGUUAAUAAGAAAUCUGAUGCAAUCAAGCUUUUCGAGGUGAUGAAAGUUAAGGGUCCACCCCCAAAUGUUCGGACCUAUACUAUAUUGAUUAGGGAUUUGUGCAAGCAUUCAAAGUUGAAUGAAGCUGUUGCUUACUUUGAUGGGAUGACUUCUUCAGGUUGUAACCCAGAUGCUGCUGUAUAUACUUGUUUGAUUACUAGAUUUGGGAACCUUAAAAAGAUGGAUAUGGUGUUUGGUUUGUUAAAAGAGCUGAAGGAAAAGGGUUACCCACCUGAUGGGCAACUGUAUAAUGCUUUGAUUAAGUUGAUGACGAAUAGAAGAAUGCCGGAUGAUGCAGUUCGUGUUUACAAGAAGAUGAUUCAGAGUGGAAUUGAGCCAACAAUUCAUACUUAUAUUAUGAUGAUGAUGAAAUCUUACUUUGAUUUUUUUUUUUGUGGGUAAAAAUGUUUCAGUAAAUGAUGUUGGUUUUGGAGGGAAUUUUUGGGAAUUUUUUUUUUAAUAAUUUUUUUUUAUUUUUUUUUAUUUUUUAAAUAAGGAUAUUGACACGUGGCAGUUUCCGGCUGCCACGUGUCGAAGUCAACGCCAGAAACUUGGGUUGACUCCAAGAAUCCGGGCAAAGGUCCCACUUAACAAAAAAUGUUGUAUUUUAGGUCCCAUUUCACCAAUUUUGACAUAAA